UGUUUUUACCGCUUUUCUAUUAUCGCAGGGAGACAAUGAGGUGCUACUGGAUUCUGCUUCCCUCUUUAAAACACUAUAAGGAGGUUUAGUUUCUUAGCACUUUAUAUGCAUGGAUGUGGAGCCGGAGCAGAGCAGCACCUGAAUGCAGCAUCAGUCACGCGUGAGCUCAUCCUGUGCGCACGGAGCAUGCGCAGUACACGCGGCUCUGGGAGUGUCCGCGCUGUGGAUCCGAGCCGCUGGAGCCGAGGAGAGGAGCAGCUAAUGAACAAUGGAGCGGCCGACGAGGAGGGAGACACCGCGGUGAAGAACCGGGACAUGAGGUGGACGGACAGGGGGGUGUCGUGUUGCGGGUUGUGCCGGGGCAGUGAUUUGCGGGAUGUGCGGUGUGAAUGACCUCUAACGGUUCCAGGGAAUUAGAGAUAUCUAAGACUUUGUUGUCUGCAGAGUCGAUCCUCUUAGAGACUGAUAGCGUCACACUGUCGAGCGUGAAGAUGAACAUUCACUGUUUCCUCUCUGUAACAAGCUUCAUGUCUUCAUCUACACGUUCAUAUCAAUGGCUGAUCACAGGAGGAUCUGUUGUCUUUUAACGUGUUUGACCAAAGUGCUUCACAGUUAAUGCAAAGUCAGCCUUUAAUCCUAGAAGGACCGGUCCACUUUAAAUCAUUGUUUCAUAUUUACCUGCUUCAGCCACAGAGGUGAGCUCUGAUCACCUUCCCCUUCACUGCAUUGACUGUGUGAGACAGUGGUGCCACUGAGCUGCUGGGUGUCAUGAGUUGGCCAUCUGUUGUGGGGACCUACUCAAACCUGCAGGCAGAUUAACACCCAGUGGAAAAAGGGUCCAGUCCAGGACAGCUUCGUGCCGGGACCUCUGUGGAGAAGGGAUGCUGAAGGCCACGGUGGGCUCGGUGGAGGAGAGGGACGAGGAGCAGGAGGACGAGGGCGAAGAAGAGCUGAGGGAUGGCGGGGUGCCCUUCUACGUGAACAGGGGAGGGCUCCCGGUGGAUGAGGAGACUUGGGAGAGGAUGUGGCGCCAUGUGGCUCGGAUCCACCCCAGUGGCGAAGCUCUGGGGAGGGAGAUCCGGGGUGCCACCGACCUGCCCAAGAUUCCAGUACCGAGUGUGCCUACAUACCAACCUACCACCACUGUCCCACAACGCCUGGAAGCCAUACAGAAAUACAUCAGGGAUUUACAGUACAAUCACACGGGAACACAGUUUUUUGAAAUCAAGAAGAGCCGCCCUCUCACUGCGUUGAUGGACAUCGCUAAGGAGAUGACACGCGAGGCUCUGCCAAUCAAAUGUCUGGAGGCGGUGAUUUUGGGGAUUUACCUUACCAACAACAUGCCGGGUGUGGAGCGCUUCCCCCUCAGCUUUAAGUCUCAGUUCUCAGGGAACCACUUCCACCACAUUGUGCUGGGAGUUCACAGCGGGGGACGUUUUGGUGCGCUGGGCACGAGCCGCAGGGAGGACCUGAUGUUCAAGCCCCUGGAGUUCCGCACACUGAUGGACUUAGUGCAGGAAUUCGGCGGAGCCUACAAGGGCUGCUGGCACACGCUCCACAAGGUCAAGAUCGGCCAGUACGUGUCCCACGAUCCCCACAGCGUGGAGCAGAUAGAGUGGAAACACUCGAUACUCGAUGUAGACAAGCUGACCAAGGACGAGCUGCGGAAGGAGCUGGAGAGACACACUCGGGACAUGAGGCUGAAGAUAGGAAAGCCUGUACCUCCCUCUCCAACCAAAGACAGGAGAAACAGCAUGGGUUCACCCCUCAGAGGACCAAGCAGCCCCAUACGCAGGAUCAGCCGUGUUGAGAGACGCCCCUCUGGAGAGAAGAAGGUCUUGGAGCAAAAAUCGUCUGCAGACAUGAACGGAUACCAGAUUCGAGUCUGAAGAAAGAGGAUUCAGUUCGCUAUUGAGAGACAACACACUUGUUUCAUGGGGCCGUUGAUUUACUCCGGGGCUCAGUUCUUUGUACACAUGGGCCUAUUCACAGGAUGCAGUGUUGAGUAGGUCACCAGCAACUUUUCCUCCCAAAACAGACGCCCCAUUCUGCUUCCCCAUGUCUGUGUCAUUAGAGGAUUUUCUGGAGCAGCUACUGUGCAUCGUAAUUGGUGCUGGCUAUGCUCCCAAAUUAUAAAAGAAGGGGUCAAAGGUGCAGUAAUUUGUCAUUUUUAGAUACGUGCUGUUUUGCUGACUGUGCACAAUGUGAACUAGGAUGCUUCCCUGAAGCUGGCUGAGACUACCACUCUGUAAAUGUGCUACCGGACAUAUCAUAGAUUUUUGUGGUGUAGUUAUGUUCAACAAAAGCUCUUAAAGGCUCGUCUGCAAUUCGUAUCGUCGUACUGUAAGUGUGCAAAUACAUGUAAUGUAAUUUUAAAUCCACUUAGGCUCUGCUGGGCAGCAAACGCUUGUGUAGUGAACCACGACCCUCGUGCCUUGUAUUGACAACUCAAAGAGAAGAGAAACACUUUUUUAUAUCCAAUCCAUUAUUGUUAUCACCUCAUUACACACAAAGCAGUGUAAUCUGUGCUCAUCCAACUGUGUGACAGUUAACACCACAAUGCCAGCAUGUUUAGCAUGCUAAGUACUUUUACACAGAUGUUGACUGAAUAUGGAGUUGAAUUAUGAUUAUAUACCCAAGUAUAUUGGAAUAUUUGAAAAUAUGAGACUGUUCGAUGAAUAUAAAAUCUUUCAGUUAACGAAGUAGACCAUACACAGCAGCCAUUUUCCUCUUUCAGGGUAGGAAGCUAAAAUGGUGUUUUGAACAGAAUAAUGUCGUUCUGCUGUGAUCCAGGUUUAUAAGUCAUAAAAACACAGAGAAUCUGACAAACUGUUAAUUUCACUAUGUCCUAACUGAUCAGCAACUGAAAAGACUAUUAGUUAACACCUGGAAGCCAAUGGGACAAUGUUUCAAGGUUAAACAUAUCUGACAGCAAAUCAGCUUUAGACAUCAUUAAAUAUCAAAGCACAUCUUGGACACAUUCAUUGGAGACUGAGAUGAAGAUGUGCUGGAUGUAAUCAAGCGAGCGAUGUAACGUUAACUGUCAUUGUGUCUUUUCAGCAGAACGUACAAAUAUUCUGGUGAAGUCAGUAACAUUAUGUCACAUUCUGCUCACAGGAACAUAUUCUGUGUAAUGUUCAUACAGUUUAUAUCAACACAAAAGUUUGUUACAAGCACUUUAUCAAAGGAUGGAACAUUUAACACUUCAAGCUCGAUUCCAGUGCAUUUUACUUUCAGGCUUUAACAAUUGUGUCCCAGAGGUGCAUUGAUAUUUCAGGAAUUAAAUGUCUUUCCCAUUGUAUCAUUGUAAUGGUAAAGGUCCCAUGUCCCUCUUUUGUAUCUACCAUCUACUUUAACGAACUACUGCAAGCAAUGAAAACAGUUGUCAGGUUCCCUGUUUAGAUGAAUUAUAAACCUGGAUCACAGUUAUUGAGCUUCCCACUGAGUGUGAUGUCAGAGGAAAAUGCCCGAUGUGUCAGUUUGGUCUAUUAUCAAGGUGACUGAUGGGAACAUUGACUGACUUCAUUUGCAUUUCAUCCAGCUGUGAUUUAUUGAGAAGUCAUUAUAUACAUACUACAACUGCUUUACAUUGUUUAAAUUGUAGCGACUUUAUCUAAUAUUUCACUAGCCUUAAGUGGUAUCCAAGCAACAGACUUCCAUUGAAGCAAAGGUGUGAAGUUUGUUUACGACACUUUUAUCUGGAUUUUGUAAAUUUUUUUAAACUAGGAAAUUCUUAUUUUAUACUUCCUUCGGUGUUCACCAGUAGACCACUUAAAAUUUAAGACGCAUUGUUCGGAAUAUGUUGCCACAACAUUUUUAUUUGUACAGUGGGUGUGGGUCCAUUUUCAGUUGAAUAUUCUAUAAAACAACUGUUUUGUAUAAAAAGAUUUACAGGAUCACAAUAAAGUGUCACCAGGAUUGAGGCAACACAAAGUGGUGGUUAUGUAUUCAAUUACUUUGCUUUUUAUAUCUACAAAUGAAGUGUUAUGUAUGUCAUUCAGGAUUUCUGCCAACUCCAAAAAGUUCAAUGUGGGAAUUUUUAAGACCAUAAUAAAUUCCAUUUAAGAUCAAUUUCAAGUGUGACAGAUAUAAAGGGGUAUCAGAGUCCCAGAAUUACUUACACUUGUCCAUAAUCGUAUCCAGUAUUUCUUUAAAGCUAAGCACAUUGUACUACUUAGUAACUAACUCAGUUAGACUUUUAGGCUUAAAACAUGGUGUAAAUUACCUCAUUUUGAGUCGAAUAUGAAUUUCAGGCCUUGCAGACACUUGGAUGACACCACACGAGCAGUAUGGAUCUGCAUAGUGGUGAGAUAAUGAGUGAAUUUAAAUCUUUUUGGUGAACUAUCCCUUUAAGACCCUGCACAAACCCUGUAAUCAGAUGUUUGGGUGUCAGGCAGGGAACGGGGCCGGUUUUCUGUCAACCAAUAUUUGGAAGUGAGCACAGGCUGUCCUCAGCUGAAGAUGAGGAGCAGACAGAGAUCUCCAAACACUACCCCUGUUACGUUUACACAAAAGAAACCGAAUGCCA